UUAGGCUGGAAACCAUGGUCAACACACGCCCACCAAAAAUAGAUGAAUUGCUGAAAAUCGAUCCAUAUUUGCACGAUUUCCAAGAUGAGAUUUCGAGAAGAUACGGUGUCUUUCUUGAUUAUCAACGCCGUAUCGAAGAAUGUGGUGGCAUGGAAGAAUUUACAAGCUCGUACAAACAAUUCGGUCUGAAUGUGCAACCAGACAAUUCAGUGAAAGGCCUUGAAUGGGCUCCAGCAGCCGAAAAAUUGGCAUUGAUUGGAGAUUUCAGUAAGCUGUUCUACUGAAUUUGAUAAUGUCUCAAUUGUUAUGAAUUCGAUUCUUCUUAACAUUAAAGAUAAUUGGGAUCAGAAUGCCAAUGUGUACAAAAAGGAGGAGCAUGGCAAAUGGAGUAUUACUGUUCCUGCAAAAGAAGACGGAUCCUGUCCCAUUCCUCAUAACUCGGUGAUUAAAAUCGCAGUUUCUCGGCAUGGAGCAACUCACUUCAAAUUGAGCCCAUGGGCAACUUUUGUGACAUGCCCAAAUCCAAAAGAAACGGUCAUCUACCAUCAAAACUUUUGGAAUCCACCUGAGAAGUAUCAACUGAAAGAAGCUCGCCCAGCUCGUCCGGCGUCCCUUAGAAUCUACGAGGCUCACGUUGGAAUCAGUAGCUCAGAGGGAAAAAUUAACACAUAUCGUGAAUUCGCUGACGAUGUCUUGCCGAGAAUACAAAAGCAAGGAUACAAUGCAAUUCAGUUGAUGGCAGUGAUGGAGCACGUUUAUUAUGCAUCAUUUGGAUAUCAGGUUUCGAACUUUUUCGCUGUUUCCAGUCGCUGUGGAACACCAGAAGAUUUGAAAUAUUUGGUUGAUAAGGCUCAUUCGUUAGGAAUCUUCAUGCUUCUUGAUGUUGUUCAUUCCCAUGCUUCCAAAAAUGUGGAGGAUGGUCUCAAUCAGUGGGAUGGAUCAAAUGGCGGAUAUUUCCAUGAUAAUGCACGUGGAUAUCAUAAUCUCUGGGAUUCCAGACUUUUCGAUUAUACUCAAACUGAAACUCUUCGUUUCUUGCUCUCCAAUGUUCGUUGGUGGGUUGAGGAGUAUGGGUUUGAUGGAUUCCGAUUCGAUGGUGUUUCCUCAAUGAUUUAUCAUUCCCAUGGAAUGAAUGAUGACUUCUGUGGGGGAUAUCCCAUGUACUUUGGUCUUAAUGCUGAUACGGACUCGCUCGUUUAUUUGAUGCUUGCUAAUGACUUCCUUCACAAAAAGUAUCCAUUCAUGAUCACAAUUGCUGAAGAAGUUUCUGGAAUGCCAGGAAUAUGUCGCCCUGUUGAAGAAGGAGGUCAGGGAUUCGAUUACCGUUUGGCGAUGGCUCUCCCCGACAUGUGGAUCAAGAUUUUGAAGCACACAUCUGAUGAAGAUUGGAAAAUUGAUGAUAUUGUGUUCAACUUGGAAAAUAGGCGCUAUGCUGAGAAACAUGUUGCAUAUGCUGAAUCACACGACCAAGCUCUCGUAGGAGACAAGACAAUUGCAUUUUGGUUGAUGGAUAAGGAAAUGUACGACUUCAUGUCUACAGACUCACCUCUUACUCCAAUUAUCGACAGAGGAUUGUCCCUUCACAAGUUGAUCCGUCUUAUUACUAUUGGAUUAGGCGGAGAAGCAUGGCUCAAUUUCAUUGGUAACGAAUUCGGACAUCCUGAAUGGCUCGAUUUCCCACGCGUCGGAAACGGAGAAUCAUUCCAUUAUGCUCGUCGUCAGUUCAAUCUUGUCGAUGCCGAAUAUCUUCGUUACAAAUUCCUGAACAAUUGGGAUCGUGAAAUGAUGCUGCUAGAGGAGCGUACUGGAUUCCUUCACAAGGGAUACGCUUACACAUCAUGGAAGCACGACGGAGACAAAACUAUUGUCUUUGAGAGAGGUGGCUUGGUAUUUGUGAUCAACUUGCAUCCAACUAAAAGUUUUGCUGACUACUCGAUUGGAGUUAAUACUCCUGGAAGAUACCGAAUCGCUCUUAAUUCUGAUGAGUCAAAGUUUGGAGGCCACAACCGUAUCGACAACUCCAUCAAAUUCCACACCACUGAUGAUGGAUACGCUGGUAGACGUCAUCGUCUUCAAGUUUACAUCACAUGCCGCACCGCCAUCGUACUCGAGAAGGAGGAUGAUUAGAAAUUAUUCAUGUACCAACAUUUUGCUCAAUUAUUUUUUGCCCAAGUAUCUAACACUUGCCAUACAACGUACCAUACGAGAUUACUCCCCCGGUUAGAUUUAUUUCCACUUUCUGGUGCCAUUCUUUAAAGCAUUUUUAUAUAUUACCUACCUCUAUCAUUGCCAUUUUGUGUAGUUUGAAUUUUUUAAUUAUAUAUUGCAUGCAGAGUUGUUAAUGUUGAAACCCCGUAUAGAUGAAGAUUUAGAUAAUAGAAA